AUGGAAGGGCAACUAUCAGCAAAGAACGUUUUGGAAUUGCAUCAACUAAGGAAAACCAAGUGGUUAUGGUGUGCGUAUGCUGUCGAGAUUGGGGAUGGAGAUGCACACCAUCAAGAAAAUGAGGUUGGGGAGGCUGACGCCAGAUCGAAGCUCCGGGUCUCCAUCAACCUGCCGGACAACGAAAUCUCCCUCCUCCGCAGCCGGCGGAACCUGAGCUUCAGCGAAUCGUCCGCCGCCGCCGCCGCCGCCGCCGAAUCUCCGACUUCUCCUUCUCCAUCUCCCCACUCCUCGUCCUUGGCCUCAGCGUCGAUCGGUCGAAUCUUCAAAGGGAAGGCUCCGGCGACGGCGAGGGUGAGCCUCGAGAACGGCGCUAGCGGCGGCGACCCCCGCGGCGGCCGGCAGGCGUACAGGAGCACGAGGACGGUGGUGGAGGUGCUGCGGGAGCUGGGCGCGGACAUAGUGGUGCUGCAGGACGUGAAGGCGGAGGAGGAGAGGGAGAUGAAGCCGCUGUCGGAGCUGGCGGCGGCGCUGGGGAUGAGCUACGCGUUCGCCGAGAGCUGGGCGCCGGAGUACGGCAACGCUGUCCUCUCCCAGUGGCCGAUCAAGCACUGGAAGGUCCAGAAGAUAUUCGACGACACCGAUUUCAGGAAUGUGCUGAAGGCGACAAUAGAAGUGCCUCAUGUUGGGGAAGUGAAUUUCCAGUGCACCCACCUGGAUCAUCUCGACGAGAAUUGGCGGAUGAAGCAGGUCAGCGCCAUCAUCCAGUCGAGUGACUCCCCCCACAUCUUGGCCGGCGGCCUCAACUCUCUUGACGAGACUGAUUACUCACAAGAGCAGUGGACUGACAUCGUCAAGUUCUAUGAGGAGAUAGGAAAACCAACCCCAAAGGUUGAAGUCAUGAGGUUUCUGAAGAGCAAGCAGUACACAGAUGCUAAGGACUUCUCUGGAGAAUGCGAGUCCAUGGUCGUCAUUGCCAAAGGACAAAGCAUGCAAGGGACAUGCAAAUACGGUACGAGGGUGGACUACAUACUAGCAUCACCAGAUUGCCCAUAUAAGUUCGUUCCUGGGUUGUAUUCGGUCCUGUCAUUGAAAGGGACAUCGGAUCACCACAUCGUAAAGGUUGACGUAACGAAAUGUGCAAACAACCCUUCCCACGAAAGCGACGGCAACAACAAUAAAAUUACCAAGAAAAGGCGACGACAGCACAAGCACCAGACGGUCGUAAAGAUCACAGGCACUGCUCCACCUUCAAAGGGCAUCUGGACAACGAAUAUACAUUAAGCAAAGUCGAAUGACAUUACAUGUAUAUCUUCCUUUUCUGUCCGCUCUUUUCUUGGCUGCUGCUGCUGCUAUUGUUGCUGUUGAGUGAUCUUGGGCAUGCUGUCUUCGUCAAUCUCUGUGUAAAUCUUCGAUUUUUUUGAGUUUAGAGUUGAAGAGGAGUGUUCUGGGGUGAUGGCUUCCUCACAUCCGUAUAGAUUUCAACAUGACAGAAGUGAAUUCUUACCUUUCAGCUGGGGAUUGGAGCUGAACUGUCCUGGCAAGUUCUUUUUGA